AUAUGAGAAAAAAAAAACACAUACAAAUAAAUGGGUGACGUGCCUCAGUGCCAACACGCAGAAUUGUUGUUAUUUGUAAAAUUGUAAAAACGGCUCUUAGCCCCGGCGUGUGGCAACAAAUGUGCUAAACAAUAACUAGCUAACAGGAGAGCAGCAGCAGCAGCAGUAGCAAUCGCAGCAGCGGCAGCAGCAGCAGCAGCAACAACCAAAAAGAUGGGCAUAAACGUCAGCAGAAAUGCCGACUUGGCCGCAAAUGAAUGGCUUCAGCGAUUUGUGGGACGGCAGCAUAUAGCGCACGACGAUGAGGCCUUCUGGAACGGACUGCUCAAUUAUAAUAUCGUAAUACCAGAGAACAGCCAGGAUCAAUUGAGCCUGGACUCGCGCCUGGAGACGCUAUGUCAAUCGUUUAUAGGCAAUAAUCUGAAGACGGGCAACUUCGGCUCGCUGAUCACCGUCUUCUUGGAGAAGGCCACCGAGCUGCUCUCCCUCUCCGACCAGGAGAGCAACAUGCAUGUGUGGCAGACGUUCAAUGCGCUCUUCAUCAUCCGCACUCUGAUCAAGUACAUCAAUGAGACGGGCUCGGAGUUUCAGCUGUUGCAGCACUUUGAGGCACUGCCAAAUGCUGAGUUGGUUAAGGCGGCCGAGGAGCAACAGCAACAGCAGCAGCAGCAGGUGGCCAGCAUUGCCAUCGAGGCCACGGAACAGGCGCCGCUCGCAGCUGUCAUUGUGGAUGGUGCGAAGUUCGAGACGUUUAUCGAUGCGCUGGUCAAUCUGAUCGUGGUCAUACCCGUCAAGGAGUUCACCUACCAUUUGCACCUGGAGGCGGUCAAUACGUUGAUCACGCUGCUCGCCGUCCAUCUGUUUGCCCAGCCCACAGAUAAAUCCAUUGUCUUUCGCACCAUCUACAAGUGCCAGCAUGCGAAUGUCCUGAUGUCGGCGUUGCUGCAUUUUGUGGCACGAAUGAUCGAGGUGCCGCACACCAUGUUUGGCUCCACGUCGGCGGGCUCAUUCGUCCUUGGCAUCGCCGAGUCGCUGCUCUCCAUCUUCACGUUUCGCAAGCAACAGGAUGUCCUCAAGACGAGCAAUGCCACCGGCGAGGAGCUGUCGCAGCAAUUUCGCACGCAUUAUCCGCUGGCCAAUCAGAGUCUCCUGCUCAUAUUGAUAUUGACGAAUCAUUGCACGGCGCAGGAUAAUGCCUAUCGCACGAGCCUCUUUGGCUGUGCGGACUCCAAGGACUCCCCAAAACAGGGCACCGUAUCCUUUCAAAUUGACUUCUCGGCCGUCUAUGAGACCCUGUGCCGCAUUGUGACCAUUGACCAGGCGACGUUGUUGCUCUAUUUGCUGCUGCAUCGCAACGAACGCUUCUAUCGCUUCGUCAUGCAACAGCAGGAUCUGGAACUAUUGGUCAUACCCAUACUGCAAACGCUAUACAAUGCGCCCGACAGCAACUCACACCACAUCUACAUGUCGCUCAUCGUGCUGCUCAUUCUCAGCGAGGACGAGAGCUUCAACAAGAAUGUGCACACAAUUAUGCUGAAGAACAUCAGUUGGUAUACGGAGCGCACGAUAUCGGAAAUAUCGUUGGGCGGUAUUCUCAUCCUGAUCGUCAUCCGGACCAUUCAGUACAAUAUGCUGAAGAUGCGGGACAAGUAUUUGCACACCAAUUGCCUGGCUGCUCUGGCCAACAUGUCGGGACAUUUUCGUGCUCUGCAUCCGUAUGUGGCGCAGCGUUUGGUAUCGCUGUUCGAGACGCUCGCUCGCAAGCAUUCGCGCCUGGAUGCCCAGCUCAAGGAGCCGGCGGAUAGUGCGGUCUUUGUGAAUGUAUCGACAACGCCCGAGGACAUGAUGCAGGAUUUGAGUGUGCUGGAGGAGGUGUUGCGCAUGGUGCUGGAAAUCUUAAACUCCUGCCUUACUAAUCAGCUGGUCUACUGUCCCAACUUGGUCUAUACGCUGCUCUACAAGCGCAGCGUCUUUGAGGGCUUCCGCAGUCAUCAUGCGUUCCAGGAUGUCAUACAGAACAUCGAUAUGGUCGUUGGCUUCUUUUCAUCACGUUUGCAGCGCGUGCAGGAGCAGCGCGGCGAGCUGGGCGUCAAUGAGGUGCUUGAGGUCAUAUCGAAAGGCGCUAGCCAAUGGUCCAGCGAUCGCCUGAGGAAAUUCCCGGACCUUAAAUUUAAAUAUGUUGAGGAGGAUGCGCCCGAGGAGUUCUUCAUUCCAUAUGUCUGGACGUUGGUCUGCAAAUACGGCUGCGUUCACUUUAGCUCCGAGAGCAUUAAGAGCGUCACCACGGAUAUAGCCUGCUAAUAUUAACCACAUAACCCCUUCUCUGCCCUCUGAACACUUUUAGCUGCCCUACAAUAUUAACAGUGUUUCGCUUUAAUUUGCUUAGCUCAAGCACAAUUUCUUUGCUUCCUUAGACUUUUGAUCCUACUAUAUAUAUAAAUAUUUAUAUGGAAAAUGGAGUAUAUUUGCCUGAUCCAUUUAGAAUUGAAGCCAAACAAAUUAUAACGAAACGUUGACGUUGAACUAAACACU